GUGGCUGGCGACGCUUACAUGGCUGGGUCCCGUAGGAGUCCGGUGCUGAGAGACGAGUGGAGCGUCAGCGACCUGCGUGAUCCCCGUGAUCCCCGUGAUCCUCGCGAUCCUCGCGACCGGGACAGGCGCAGAGGUCGAGGCUCCAAUCGUGCCCGAGGCCAGAAUCACCGUGGCCGUGGACGCCCUUACCGGCCCAACGACCGCCAUUUCGACCGCGGCAGGUCGCCACCCCCAACCCACGCGUCCCGAUUUGGGCCUGAUUCGUCUCACGACUUGGGCGAAUUCCCCGUGAACCGAUCUCCUCGCCACGGUUCUCCCGGUCUGUCACCCUCUGGGCCCCAGAACGACCGACGCCCGAGCUUUCGACCACCCCCAUCUGCUGCCGACGACUCUUGGAACACCCAUCGAUCCGGCCCCCCGCCAGAUAGGGACUCCUUUGACUCACGAAGAGACGAGUCGCCAUUUCCACCUCCAUCUAAACGCAAAAGAACUCGAAGUCCUUCUCCUCACGGCCAUCGCCCAUCUGUUCCUCAUCAUCAACACGCCAAACACGGAGAAAGACGGGACAGAAGCCCUCCGUAUCAAAAGCGAGGCGGCCGGUUUCAGGGUCGUGGUGGUGGUAGAGGGAGAUCCCCUCAGCGCCGCCGUGAUCGCCGCAGAAAAGACGACCAACGGCCUGGAAUCCCACGCUCAGGCCCAUCUAGAUCCCCUGUCCGGGAGAGGAGGUGGUCCCGAUCACCCAGUGCCAACGACCACAGCGACAAUCAUUCUCGGUAUCGAUCACCAUCUCGACACUCUGCGCGGUCGGAGCGCUCGAGAUCUCUCAUUUCUCGCGGCUCAAGGGGCGACCUGGAGAUGGGCUCGACUCGGCCGAUUCAAUCCGUCGUGGACGACUCCGCCCGGCCACCCUCUCCUCCUCGUCCGAUCCCGAGUUAUGCAGACAAUGACCGUGGGCCCGGAGGUGGGCCAGCUGAUCUACGAGAUACAUUUCCCAUGCACGGCAUGAGAGCAUCCGAUGUCCCUCACAAACAACGUCGACGACCUUCCCACCCGCAUCUUGAUACCCGGCCAUAUGCCACGUCGCCACAGUAUGCGACCCCAUCGAGCUCAUAUCAUGGAUCACCACAGCCUGGGUCCCCAUAUUCUGGGCGAGCCGGCUGGGGAGGGCAACCCCCUUAUCCAGGUCAAUCUGGGCGCGGCUCUCCAUAUCAUCAGAAUGGUCCUCCCGGGCAGUACUAUCAGAUCCAUCAAGGCUCGCACAACGGUCCUCCGAAUCACCACCCUCAGUCUUAUGGCCCGCCGUCAUACCGAGGCGGGCAUGGUGGCUAUCGCGGAAAUCAUCCAAACCAGGGUCAAGAGCGCCGCUUCUCCGGAUCUGGGCCUCACAACUAUAACACCGGACCCUCACAGCGUGGAGGUAGAGGCAAUUUUAACAACCACCAAUGGUCUGCGUCUGGCUCUAGGGGUCGCGGAGGUCAACACAGCCCUCGUCAUAUGCACAGUCAUGGGUCACAGACUCCUCCGAGCCACGAUACAUUUACAAAUGAUCCGCGGUCGCCUCGUGCAGGGGAACCGCAACCUCGUUCAAGACGUCCUAGCAAGGAUGAUCUUCAAAGAGAAGAUGAUUACCCUAAGCCGGUAUCGGAAAGUGGCGAUACCCAACAGAUGCCCCCUCCUGGUCCAGAGUCGGAAUUAUCAACCCCAGCUAAGGCUGGCGGGAAAUUCAGUUUCGCUUUCAAAUCAAAGGCCGCGCCUGCUCCGUCCCCGAAACCGGUCCCUGACCUUGCGCAGCGGAUGCAGGUCCGCGAUCCACCUCCGCGUGUGCCUGAACCAACACCGCCUCGAAACAGGUUGACCAAUGGGCCACUACCUACAUUCAAACCAGAUACUAAUCGCUUUGAUCGUCGUGACCGUGGAGGACGGGAGCGGGGUCGAGAUCGCAGAGAAUUCCGGGACUCACGAGAUUUCAAUCCGCGAGACCGCCGAGAUGACCGCCGAUUCGAUCAACGUCGUGAUAAACGAAAGGGCGACCGGCGUUCUGAUUUUCGUCAAGAUUAUCCAGAACGACAAGAUCGUCCCAAUCGUCAAGAUCGUCGCCGGGAACUUUCGAUUGACGCGCCGAGGGAACCGCCGCCAAAGCCGAAAAAGAUCCUUACCCGGCCAAAGCCACGCCCUAUCCUCUCCGAGGAAUUUGCUCAAGCCGAUUCUGUCUACUAUAGAAAACCAGGAAACGAAUCAGUGAUCGGCGCUGGCACAUAUGGCAAGGUCUUCAAAGCAAUUCAUGUCUACACGAAGCGCCAAGUGGCACUCAAGAAAAUUCGGAUGGAAGGCGAGAAAGAUGGCUUCCCCGUCACUGCAGUACGCGAGAUAAAGCUACUCCAGCAUCUGCGAAACGAAAACGUGGUUAGUUUGUUGGAAGUCAUGGUGGAAAAGAACGAAUGUUUCAUGGUCUUCGAAUAUCUCUCUCAUGACUUGACGGGUCUCAUCAAUCACCCCACGUUCUCCCUGACCCUGGCACACAAGAAGGACCUGGCGAAGCAGAUGUUCGAAGGCUUGAAUUAUCUCCACCAUCGCGGCGUUCUUCACCGAGACAUCAAGGCGGCCAACAUCCUCAUCAGCAACCGCGGCCUGUUGAAAUAUGCCGACUUUGGAUUGGCUCGAUUCUUCUCCAAGACCCGCCAGCUUGACUACACCAAUCGCGUGAUCACGAUCUGGUACCGUCCCCCAGAACUCCUGCUGGGUGAGACCCGGUACGGUCCAGCCGUGGAUGUUUGGAGUGCCGCCUGCGUUUGCAUGGAGAUGUUCACAAAAAAGGCCGUCUUCCCCGGCGAAGGCAGCGAGCUCAGCCAGAUGGACAAGCUUUACAAUCUGUUGGGCACGCCUACUCGCGCAGAGUGGCAGGAUGUUGUGGAGAUGCCAUGGUUCCAGCUGAUGCGGCCGACGGAGCGCAAGAAGCGAGUUUUCGAGGAGGCAUUUCGCGGGGUGUUGACACCGGCUGCCCUGCAUUUGAUCUCGCAGGUCUUCCAGUACGAUCCCGCGAAGCGGCCCAGCGCCGAAGACGUCCUCAAGCACCCCUACUUCGUGUCUGAAGAUCCGGCGCCUCAGCCGCCCAUUGAACUGGAGAAUAUUGAAGGCGACUGGCACGAGUUCGAAAGCAAGGCUCUUCGCAAAGAGGCCCGGCGCGUCGAAUACCAAAAUCAGAAGGACCGCGAGAAGCGCAAGGCCGAGGUUGCAGCGCCGCCGAGCGACCGUGACCCCAAGCGCGUCAGACAAGACGAGAGCAGUCAUCGCCCGGCUUCUUCUGCGCCGAGUUGA